UAAACCUGAGGGUUUCAUAGCAUGAUCCGUGUGCUGACUGUUGCUGCAUGAAGCUAUCCCCCCUCUCUCGUCCUCUCUGCUGCUCUCUUUGUUUCAGCUCUUAAGUUAGUCUCUUGAAUCAACUCUGAUUCAGUGGGAAACAAAUCACUUUCUUUGUAGGUAGGCUUUUCUGUCGGAUGGAACCGUCAAUCCAAUUGAUUUUUCCUAUAUGUGAUCCAUGGUUUUGAGAACGUACGGUAACAUAGGAAGGAAAACAGCAUUGUCCUUUCAACAGGUACCUGCUCUUAGGUUAUGUGAGUGUUAAUGCCGUGCUUUGCCUUGAAUUUCAGAAGCAUGAACCUAUUUAGCAGAACUGGCUCAGCUAAUGGAUGGGCUGGCAGCAAAAUUCCUGGACUCUGCUCCACGGGAAGGUGGCCUCUAGGGAAGUGGUGUGUUGGUAACACACUGUUUAUUUUGCUCUAUAGCACAGCCAUGCGUGUGUGCUGGCUCGUGGGGAAGGAGAAAUGCAGUCAGCGAGUGAAACUGCCACACUUGGAAGCAGUGGUAAUUGGGCGUGGCCCAGAGACUGGGAUAACGGAUAAGAAGUGUUCACGGCAGCAAGUUCAGUUAAAAGCAGAUUAUAACAAGGGAUAUGUCACAGUUAAGCAGAUAGGGGUCAACCCAAGUAGUGUUGAUCUUGUGAGUAUUGGCAAGGAUGAAGUGGUGAAAAUGAAGCCAGGCCAAGUUCUGCAUAUUGUGAAUAAUCUUUACCCCUACACGGUGCAAUUUGCGGAAGAAUCAGGGAAAACUGUUACAGAAGCGGAAGAGAAAACAGAAACCCACAAGAUGCCACAUGAGGACUCCUGUGAGAAUGAUGAUGCAGAGCUUGUGCCCAGAAAAACAAUGAAGAUGGAGGUGGUGGAUACACAAGGCAGUUCUGCAAAUCCCAAGCUAAGCACUACCAGUGUAUCUCCACACGAAGGAACCUCAAGCAAAAAGGCAAAUGAACAUUUAGGACACUGGAGUCAGGGUCUAAAGAGCUCCAUGCAAGAUCCAAAAUUGCAGGUUUACAAAGAUGAAAAGACUGUGGUCAUUGAGGAUAAAUAUCCCAAAGCACGUUACCAUUGGCUUAUCUUACCAUGGGACCCCAUUUCCAGCCUGAAGUCAGUCACCAGGGACCAUCUUGAACUCCUGGAACAUAUGCAUGCAGUUGGGCAAAAAAUGAUUGAACAGUGCCCUGCCAGAGAGAGCCUGGAGUUCAGACUGGGUUACCAUGCUAUCCCCAGUAUGAGUCAGCUGCAUUUGCAUGUAAUCAGCCAGGAUUUUGAUUCUGUGGCCCUGAAAACCAAAAAGCACUGGAACUCUUUUACUACAGACUAUUUCUUAAACUCUCAAGAUGUGAUAGAGAUGGUAAGAAGCAAGGGAAAAGUGAUGGUGAAAGAUCGUGUCUCUGAGCUUCUCAAACUGCCCCUCAGAUGCCAUCGUUGUAAACAACAGCUGUCCACAAUCCCACAGUUAAAGGAACAUCUCAGGAAACAUUGGCCAAAAUGACUUUGCAGAAAAUGGUGUCUCAGCCUGCCUUUGGAUUUCAGGCCAAAACAAAGACUGCGAAAUGUAAGUGGAAAUGUGUAUUUGCUAACUGGAAUGACAAAUGUAAUGUUGGGAAAAGUAGCCUGGAAACAGCAGCAUAGUGACUUUGUAAUAGCUGAGACAAAAAAACAACCCCCCCCUUCAACCAAAUAAAAACAUAAAGUGAUUUCUGAAAUGGAA